AUGUCUUCGACGCCAUUAUUCGGCGUUCUGGGGGAAUUUGAUCCGUCUACCGAGUUGUUUACUGCUUAUUCAGAGAGAUUAGAGCAAUAUUUUAUCGCUAAUUCUAUCGGGCAAUGUGCUGCUGAUGCUACACAAGAAAUACUUGCGGCUGCCGACAAGAAAAAAGUCGCGGUAUUUAUUUCAGUUAUUGGAAAGAAAUCUUACGCAACCCUUCGUGAUUUGUGCAGUCCUGAUUCACCGAAAGAUAAAAGUUUUUCUGAGCUUUGUGAAAUGUUACGUACUCAUUACAAACCGAAACGUUUGGUUGUAGCUGAAACUUAUAGAUUUCAUCGGUGUAUUCAAGAAGAAAAUGAAAAUGUUUCUGAUUACAGUGCACGUUUGCGACACUAUGCUUCCACUUGUGAUUUUGGUCAGUUCCUAAACCGUUCUCUGGGUGAUCAAUUUAUAUGUGGAAUUCGUAAUUCAGCUACUCGGAAAAAGAUACUGAAUGAAGACCGUACUUUUCAAGAUGUGUUAAAAGUGGCCAUAGCUGAUGAAGUUGCCAGUAAGGAGACUUUAGCAUUUCAAAACAAUACGAAACCAGUGAACGAAUCUGUGCAUGCUGUGGGUAGAAAUCAAAUUCCUGAUAAGUUUUCAAAUAGCAAGAAUACAUCAAAUUUCAAUAACCUAAGACCACCAUUGCCUACCGCCCAGAAAUUUUCAUAUGCCUGUUAUUCCUGUGGAGGUACUGAACAUUCUCGGGCCCAGUGUAGAUUUAGAAAUGUUGUAUGCAGCCGAUGUAAGCGGACUGGUCACAUUGCUCGUGUUUGCAAGAGAGGUAACAUGCAAAAUAAUUUUGUCGAACAGAAACUGAGUUCAGAUGAUGUGUUUCUUGAGGAAGAAUUAUUUACGGUUUUUGAUGUUAACUCCCUAUACAAAUCAGAAAUUUCCGUACCCUUGAAAAUUGAGAAUCAAGAGUGUUCCUUACAAUUAGAUACUGGUUGUGCAUUGUCCUUGGCCACCCAAACCUUCUAUGAGCAAUUUUGUUCCCAUAUCCCUUUAAAACCUACCGCAGUGAGAUUAUCUACCUAUACCGGUGAAAAGAUUCAACCUUUGGGACAAAUCAAUGUUAAUGUUACUUAUGCUGGAACUCAGCACUCUCUUCCCUUACUGGUAGUACCACAGGGCUCUGGUGUCUUAUUUCGAAGAAACUGGCUAAGGUGUAUAAAGUUAGAUUGGAACAAUUUGCCUGGAAUUGAGUUACCGUCAUUUACUACCACAGCUACAUGCUCCAAGAUUUCUGAAAAUAAGAAUACAUUGGACUCACUCCUAUCAAAAUAUGAUGAACUGUUUCAACCUCAACUUGGGUGUUACACUGGUGAUGCUGUAGUUAUCAAUGAAAGUAAGGGAGCUAAAUUCCAUAAAGCACGUCCAGUUCCAUAUGCAAUACAGACAAGAGUUGAAAGUGCUCUACUAAAAAUGGAAAAAGAUGGUGUCAUCGAGAGGAUUUCUUCUGCUGUUAGUGCUGCCCCUAUUGUUACGGUGGGCAAAAAGGACGGUGAUGAAGUUCGAGUUUGUGGUGAUUUCAGUGUUACUUAUAAUGCAUGUGCUGAAGUUGAGACUUAUCCAAUGCCUAAAAUAGAAGAUAUGCAUUCUGCAUUGAGGGGCUGUCAAGUAUUUAGUGUAUUAGACUUGAAGCAAGCUUAUCAUCAAAUUCCCAUUUCAACUGGGUCUCAGAAGUAUCUUACUAUAAACACCCAUUUGGGUCUCUUUGCUUUUAAAAGAUUGCCUAACGGGAUUCAUUCAGGUCCUGCUAUAUUUCAGAGAAUUAUGGAUGGAUUAUUAGCAGAUAUUCCGAAAGCUGUUAGCAGAUUGGAUGACAUUCUCAUUGCUGGAACUGAUUAUGAAGAUCGUCUGAAUACUUUGUCCCAAGUGCUAGAAAGAUUGCUUAAGUUUGGUUUCAAGUUAAACAAAUCUAAGUGCAAAUUUCUCCAGUCUUCUGUGGUGUACCUAGGUCAUCUAAUCGAUAGUGCUGGCCUCCAUCCAACUGAAGACAAACUAGCAGCUGUGCGUGAUGCCCCCCUCCAAAGGAUGCUACGGCUCUUAAGUCUUUCCUAG